AUUAACUAUAAAGGUGAUACGAAACAUACCGGGAUUUUUAUGUCGAAAUAAUAUUUGCACACUUAAAAUUUGUUUAAUCAGACAUAUUUAACACUCACUGGAUUUAUGUGUUAUUUUUGUGUUAACAUUUUGUGUUUUUUAAGAGGAGUUUUCCUAUGAGGAAUAUUACGACUUCGUUUUACUUAAGCUCGGUAUUUUCGUAAGCCUCGAGUUUCGAGUCACUUUCGAAUCAAAUUGUGUGAUCUAUUUAAAAGGUUCAUUUGUACGUUUAUGGCCGUCAAGGAUUGCAGUGGGAAGGUCUCAACCGCAAGGUGGACACAUAAUGGAAGUUCGAGCCGAGCGUAGUGCCUAGCCGCCGGUUGUUUUCCUGGUUUCCCGCAGUCAGCUGCCAUCAGAAUGACCUCGAAACCCGGGCCCCAGAGUCCGAUAGACACCGGAAGACCGCCGACCACCAGCUUUCUCCGUAGCGCCAUAUUUUACCAGAACAGAAUCAUCGUCAAGGACAAAACAUCGGCGCGGUCGGGCAGUUCCGGUACGCAGCCGGUCGACCGGAAGUUGAGUGCCUUAAAUGAAGGAGCCGUUAAAGGAGCCGUUAAAGGCGUUAAAAAGAAAGCAUGUCGACCGUCGACGCUUCAACCCGAAGCGUGUUCUUCCAAUACUCACAAACAGUCGGCAGUGGCGAGCAAAGACAGAGCGCUCCAGAAGUGCGGAUGCUCCAACGCUGUCAACGUAAACGAGUCGAGUAGUGAACAGGAUCAUCCAUUAACGCCGCACGCCGGUGGAUGUCACGAAUGCUCACCGCAGUGCAGAGCGGACAGCGGUGAAGAUAUGGAGACGGACACUCAUGGAAUUGAUAUCGUGGUUACUGACACGGAAAAGCUUUCAGGAAAUGCCAACGCGAAGAAGGAUAAGCCAUCGUGCCUCCGACGUUGUUAUAUGUGCCUACAGGACGAUCGGAUGAAAGGGGUGCCGAACGCGCACGAGAUUCUCGCAAGUUCGAACCCCCAGGAUUACAAGAAACUGAAAAAAGUGCUGAAUAUUUCGUUCCUGACGAUAGGGAUCAUUUUGCUCAUAGCGGUUGUGAUUGUGAUAAUUUACUCCGUAGUAGAAAGCAUCAAAAGGCGAAAUUAAUAAGAAUUCAACGCAAUGAGGAAUUUCUCUGCUCAAUUUAUUCAACAUUCAUCUUUGGUUGUCAUUCUCGUUUACAACAGCAUGUGCUUCAAGGCGCAUCAACACAUUUUCAUGUCGACGAAUCAUAGAAGUCUUUUGAGCUAAAAGUGAUCGAUUGUUCUCUGACUUAAAAUAGGAAGUGCGAAUAUUUUGCUCACGUAGAAGUUACCCAUUCGUCUCAGUAGAGGAUGACGAUUUGUGGAUGGCUCCAAGACGGAUCGUCCGGUUUCUGGCAGCAUUGUAAUACAUGUGUUUAAGUUACGUUUAUACUUUCAUACUUCCUUAUAAAUGACCCAGCAACGAAAGUUGAACAACAAUGAAUAUUUUAUUCUAGCGUCAGACGGAAUACGUGCACGUGAAAAUCGUAUACAGAGGUAAAUAAAAGCACACAUAAAAACAAACAACUGUUAUUGUUGAUUGGUUGAAUGCAUUACUACGUAUUUUCUGAUAUACUAGUAAAGUAAUAAAGGUAUGUACGGGAAUAACGUGAUUUAACGUAAUCGUGUAAGAUUCAAUAUGUCGUCAACUGCCGAUGCCGAUAUGAUGAUAUAGUGUCAAUUCGCGGGCCAUAUCACAACAAUUGUACAAGCUUAACGUUUCCACCUAGGCAUUUAAUAAUGAUUAUAUAGUGUCAAUUUGCGGGCGGUUUCACAACAACUAUACAAGCUCAAUGCUUCUACCAAGGAAUUAAGUCAAACGGGAAAUUGUUAAAAUCGACCAUGGAACAUUAUAUAGUGGUUUAGGCAUGUAUUUCAAAUUACCAUUUAUUGCAAGAUUUAAAAAUUUAUAUAUUAUUUGUGUACCACACUAUAAAACAUUUGUGUGCACAUCAUAUUUGCCUUUUGCUCAAACUGACAUGAAGAAUAAUUUGAUUUACCAAUGAUGUAAAUAUACUGAUAACAUUUUUUUUACAGUU